GAGAGCUCUUAUAAACAUUCGAAAACAAAGACAUAUGAUGUAUUGAUGAUGUUGGUUCUCUCUCUCUCUCUCUAUAAGUCAUUAUAAUUGACGAAAGUCGAAGAAGAAAAGAGAAAGAGACUCUUCAUAUUUCUCUCACUACAAACCAAAACUCAGUUAUGCAGCCUUGUAGCAGAGAAAUGCAAGCAAUGAAUUCAAUCUUAAACCAAACCCAAAUGUCUCUCCAAGACCUCCAAAAUGGUCAGAUCGUCAACACCCAGAUUCAACACUUGGAUCCCAAUUCCUCUGACGAAGAUUUCCUCCAUCAAAUGCUCUCCACUGUACCCUCGUGUUCGUGGCCCGACCUCGCCGGAGCAAACCCAAAAUCCCUCUGGGACAUUUCGUCGAACACCAUGUCUGCAACAAUGAUGGGCUCUCACAAAUCCUUAGACAUGGCCUCAUCGGACGAUCAGGAUCAGUUCCAUUUCGACCAUGAUCAGUCUGAGGCACUGGCCUCGAAGCUCCAGCAACACCAGAUCAGUCCGUUUUCUUCCUUCAAACCUCCCAAUUUGGGUUGUGAUGGUUCAAUUCAAGCUCUGUACAAUGGAUUCGCUGGAUCUCUGCAUAGUACUGGUCAGACCUCGAAUCAAGCUCAGCAAUUCCACCAUCCUCAGAACUUCGGAGCCGCGUCGCCGGUGAUUAACCAGGCAGCGGCGGCUAGUGGGGCGGCGGGAGGAGGAGCAGCGGGACAGCCGAGACAGAGAGUGAGGGCUAGGAGAGGUCAGGCCACUGACCCUCACAGUAUCGCUGAAAGACUACGGAGAGAGAGAAUCGCAGAGAGAAUGAAAUCUCUUCAGGAACUCGUCCCCAAUGGCAAUAAGACAGACAAGGCUUCAAUGCUGGAUGAGAUCAUAGACUAUGUUAAAUUCCUCCAGCUCCAAGUCAAAGUUCUGAGUAUGAGCAGAUUGGGGGGUGCUGCAGCUGUUGGUCCUCUUGUUGCUGAUAUGUCCUCUGAGGGAGGUGGUGGAGACUGUAUACAAGCAAGUGGAGGAGGGAGGGGCGGCAACGGGACGCAGACGGCGUCAACGUCGAACAAUAACGACAGUCUAACGGUCAUGGAGCACCAGGUGGCGAAGUUGAUGGACGAGGAUAUGGGGUCUGCCAUGCAGUACCUACAAGGCAAAGGCCUCUGCCUCAUGCCCAUCUCUCUCGCCACUGCCAUCUCCACCGCUACUUAUCACUCCCGCAAUGCCAUCGCCACUAACCACCCACUUUUCGCUGAGGGCGGUGGGCCCACGUCCCCUAGCGUCUCCGUAUUGACCGUUCAAUCCGCCACCAUGGGUAACGGCAGUGGAGACGGUUCCGUUAAAGAUGCUGCCUCAAUCUCCAAGCCGUGAUGACGGCGUUGAUUCACAACUACUGAGAAUGACUCCGUUUUGCUGGUAAGAGAGAAAAAAAAAAAUAUAUAUAUAUAUAUAUAUAUAAGAGAAAAUCAAAAAGAAAAAGGAGAGGAAAAAAAGGAGGUUAUUUAUCCAAUUUGGAAUCUCACACUAGUCUUUUUGGAAGCAACGUAACGACGCCAUAAUGCUAACGCCACUACCAUCACAGAACUCUCUUAUGUUUAGGAAUGUUAUUGUUUACCCUUUACUUUUUCUUUUUCUUUUUUUUUCUUUUCUUGUUUCUUUUUUUAAACUUUAAUAUAAGAUCUUUUUAAACAAGGGCAUAUAUCUUCCUUGAUGAGUUGUCAUGAUUCAAUUAUGAAAUGAUUAAGUUGAUUAUUAUGGUUAGAAUA